CCAAAGUGCGUGCGCGAUAGCUACAGUAACAUUCCGAAGUAUGUCAACAAAUAAUGGUCAAGCUAGUUAUGGUGACUAGUCCAAAACGGUGUAAUUAUGAAACAGCCUUUUACGUAUAUCUGCCAUUGGUUGAACGUUAAAGUACGGGUUGAACAGUCAACUGAAACGUGCUUGAAUUCAUUCAUUUAACAAGUUGGUGUUGAUUGUUUCCGAUAUGAAGACAUAUUUUCCUGCCUCAUGUUGGAUAUUCAUUCUUGCUACAUCUCUGACUAGGUGUCUUCAUGGUGAAUUCUUACCUGAGAAAUCUACGAAAAAUACAGAAAAGGAAAAUGUUGAGACACUGUUUUCCGAAUUUUGGACAUGGAGGUUGCAACAAAGUCCAGAAUUGGCCUCUGAAGUAGGAAACCACACGUUUGAUGAUCGUUUAGAUUCAUACUCUCUAGAGGUCUUCAAAAAACGAAAGACAGAUGCUGAGAGGUUCCUUCAAAUCGCUCACGAAUUACUUCCUAAUUUGGAAGAUGGAACGUACCGUUCUAACUUAGAACUUUUAAUUUCCGAACUGCAACUAUUCGUUGACGGUAUGAAAUUUUCAGGGUAUUUUUUCCCUAUUAAUCGUUUAGAAGGAGUACAGCUGGACUUGGAAACUACAGUGAACAAUGCUAUGAAGUUUGAUACCGCUGAAGACUUUAGAAAACUGAUUUCAAGGUAUCGUGCUUUUCCAAAACAGGCAGAUGAAAUAAUUGAACUAAUGAAAGAAGGAAUCCGGCAAGGUCGAACUAACCAUGCUGUCUCCAUGAAACAUGUAGUUGAACAGUUUGCACUUCUUCAGAAACCUGCAAAGCUUUCACCAUUCUUCAAACCAUUUUUAUCCUUCCCGGACUUAGUAUCAUCUAUAGAACGGGAGACACUGAAAUCCGAAGCUAAGAAAGUCAUUGAAGAAGAUUUGUUGCCUGCAUUUAAGAAGCUUGGCAGUUUUAUAGAAAAGGAGUACAUGGCUGCUACUCGUCCCCUUAUUGCAGUCUCCAGCCUUCCGGAUGGAGAGGAGAUGUAUAAGCAGUGUCUCCGGCUCCACACUACAACUGACAAGAGUCCUGAAGAAAUUCACCAGAUAGGACUUAAAGAAGUAGAACGGAUUUCUGGAGAAAUAGAUGAGUUAAUGAAGGUGCUUGGAAUAAAUUCCUCAAAAUCAGAUUUUUUUCAAAAUCUAAGAACUGAUCCCAGAUUUUUCUUCAAAACAAAAGAGGAUCUUCUUAAUGCAUACAAGGACACUAUUGAGAACAUCAUUAGGCCAAAGAUUCCACUAGUUUUCAAGAACAUUCCUAAGGCCAAAUUAAUUGUUGUUCCAAUUCCUGCUUCACAAGCUGGUGGACCUUCAGCUUAUUAUCAACAACCUUCUGAGGACGGUAGUAGACCAGGAAAGUUUUCCGUAAACACAGAAUAUUUGAACAUCAUGCCGAAAUAUGAAAUGAUGACCCUUUCUCUCCAUGAAGGUGAACCUGGCCAUCAUCUCCAGAUCUCCUACAACAUGGAACGAAAAAAUAUACCUUCCUUCAGACGGUAUGUUGAGUACAGAAAACUAUCAGACGUUCCCUCGCAUUUUCCAUUCUAUACAGCUUAUAUUGAGGGUUGGGCUUUAUACAGUGAACACUUGGGCAACGAACUUGGACUGUUUGAAGAUCCAUACUUUCGACUGGGACAUCUUUCAGAGGAAAUAUUUCGAGCUUGCAGACUUGUCGUCGACACGGGAAUCCAUGCUUUAGGAUGGAGUCGGGAUAAAGCCAUUAAUUAUAUGUUAGAAAACUCCGCUUCAACAAGACAAAACAUUGAGAACGAAAUUGAUCGUUACGUCACGUGGCCUGGCCAGGCUUGUGCAUACAAGAUAGGAGAACUGAAGAUAAAAGAACUGAGAAAAAAAGCAGAAACAGCUCUUGGAAAGAACUUUGAUAUAAAAGAGUUUCACGACGUCAUCCUAAAAAACCAGGGUCCACUAAAGAUUCUGGAAAAACAAGUGGAAAAAUACAUCCAGAAAGGCCAACAAGAAACGGGGCAUAGUUCCACUGGAUAUCCUUAUAGGUCACGUUUGCCCUAUUUCUGCGUCGGGUUUUGUGGGUGGGCGUUUACCUAUAUUUCCUUCUAACAAUUUCGUUCUUAUCUAAUGUGAAGGCUACUAAAUAAAAUCUCAUAGAAAAUAUGGUUGGUUUUGUGAAAUUAUGAAGUAAUCUUCAACGAAAUGGGAAUUAAUGAAUUCCUCCUCUUAAAUCACUUUAUUGUAAACCCCUGCUAUACCACAUUGUUACGAAUUAGGACUUUGUUAUAGACGUGAUAUGUUUGUACUUCGUUUUCACUUCUUAAGGAGUUAUAAAGCAUGUUAUAACUCGGAAAAUCAGAAACUGAUUUAUG